UGUAUAUAUAAGAACUCCAAAGACUAGAGACUCUCUCUAAAGUUCACGGUUUGUACUUCACACUCUGAGGUCCUCGCCGGAAAUCUUCAGAGCUUGAUCGGAAAACUCAUCGGAGUUCGUGGAUCAAUAAAAAGUGAGAGUGAAUCUGAAGCGAGAAAGGCAGCGACUUUUGGCAGAUCCGAUUGUGUGUUAUAUAAAAGGGAAGAGAAGAUUCAUCUUUUCCUUUUUCAUCAAUUUGGGGAUUUCUGAAGCUUUUUUUUUUCGAUCUGAAAGGCGGAGAGAAAUGGUGGUGAAAGUAGCUUCGACCUGUUUGCACUGGUCGCAGCCAAUUGUUCCUCACUCUACGCCUUCCUCUCAGACCCUAGCCUCCGCAAUUUCGUCUCCGUCGUCAAAUAGGCGGAGCCGCCGCGGCGACGGCGGAGCUCUGUUGUGUCUCUACGUUCAGAAGUUGAACCGGUCGGCUCUGUUCGGCACCCCGUCGACUAGGCUACGCCGGUCGCAGUCUUGCGAGUCUCAGAAGGCGCCGAGAAAUCGAGCCAUCAGACGCGGUUGCAGUGCGAGCCUGGACGCCUUCUCCGACGAAGAGUUCUCGAAGAAGAUUCAGGAAUUGGCGCUCAGAUUCCAGCUCUCCGACGACGGUACCGCCGCCGUUAGUUCAGAACCAGAAACCGCGUCUUCUGAUCUAACAGAGACUCACGGCUUCAGCGGCGCAGACGGAGACGAUUUCGACGUUUUGAGCGACGAUGCAUCGAGGAUGAGGUUUCUACAGAGCAACAGUCCGUUCCCGUACGAUUUGGAGCCUCCGUGGCCGUCGGAUUGGCAACGGAGGGACGAGAUUGUCCCGGAGGCCAGCAUCGAACGGAAGGCGAACAGCGUCGACCUCCCUCUUUCGCUCCGAAUCAUAAAGAGGAAGCUGCAAUGGCAGCAGGAUGGCUACUUCAGAGACGUCGGCGAAUCGGCCUAUUGCUCGAUGAAGAAGGCCUUUUCUUGCAUGGUGUUCAUAAUCCGAGAGCUUCAUAGCUCUUGUCUACAGAUGCGAGAGGCUCUGUUCUACGAAGAUUUACAGGGGAUUCUAGGCCGAGUGCAGAAAGAGAUGCACGAUUCGUUUGUGUGGCUGUUUCAGCAAGUUUUUUCUCAAACACCGACUCUAAUGGUGUACGUCAUGAUUCUAUUAGCCAACUUCACCGUCCACUCCUUAGGCCACAACGCCGCCAUUGCAGCUCCUCCACCGGCUUAUGCAGCCACAGCAGAAACAGUUUCAAUCGUGGACGUUCAAGAUGACCAGAAAUCUCCCCAAUUCGAUUCCUCAACAAGUAAAUCGUUCUCUGUUUCGUCAUCCUCCAGUGGGAACACGACUGCCAUUGGAGGAAACAACGGCGGAGGCGGGAAUGUCCGCCCCGUCGGGAGCGGCACAGAUGGUGAUGGUGGGUUUGACGGUUCCGACCAGUACAGGACAGUCGUCCCCGACGGUGCUUCCCAGUUGUCUAUGGGGACAACCAGAGAAGCAGAGUCGGUUUCGGAGCAAGAGAGCAGAGAAGAGAUGGCUCUGUGGAAUUCAGUAGUGGAAGAAGCAAAUCAAAUGCAAGGCAGAGACGAAUCUCUAGACCAAGAAACCAUCCAGAGAUUCGUCUCGCCGGUCACCGUAGAUAUGGAGAGUGAUGAUUACGCAGAGUACUUCAGAACUGAGAUGCUCUACCAAUCGGAGUUAUCCAAGGAACCCAGCAAUUCUCUCCUUCUCUCCAAUUACGCUCAGUUCCUCUACCAAGUCGCUCAUGACUAUGAUAGAGCUGAGGAGUACUUCAAGAGGGCAGUGGGGGUUGAGCCGGCGGACGCGGAGGCCUACAAUAAGUACGCCACCUUCCUUUGGAGGGCGAGAAACGACUUGUGGGCAGCAGAGGAGACCUACUUGGAAGCCAUUAACGCUGAUCCGAGCAACUCCUACUAUGCCGCUAAUUACGCUCAUUUUCUCUGGAACACCGGCGCCGAGGACACGUGUUUCCCUCUAGACUCGCCGGACACCGCCCAAGACGCUUAGGAAAAAAGAAAAAAGAAGUGUCCACUCGGAAAAUGAAAGAGAUAAACCUAAAAGACCAGGGAACAAGCCACCACCUUCCCUUUGCUUUCCCACUUUCCCUGGGAAUUGGGUUUUUAAUUUCAGCCAAAAAAAAAAAGGAGAGAAGGGUCUUUUUCUUAUGUUUUGUCCUGAAAUUUUGGGUGGGGGUGGAGGAAUAUUUGGGGCGCGGGGGAAGAUGUGGUGGCGCUUGCAGCUUGGGGAGGGGGAUGCACGUGGGGGUCACGUGACUGAGAAUGGGACGUAUGCAUGGCGGCAAUUGCUUGGUUUGGAGAUGGUUUUGCCUUUGCAAAGAGAUGAUCAUGUUUUUAAUUUUCUUUUUGUUUACAGAAAAACACAUGGCGAAGUGUAAUUAGCUUCUGUAAUUAUGUGCCAUCUUUGAAUUAGUACAAAAACAUUGGAAAGAUUUAAUAUAAACUUUUCUCAUAAAGCACGUGUUUCUCGUGCAUUUUGCUUUCUA